CCCCCUGGCGCACGCGCGCUGCCGCCUCGAGCCGGCCGUGAGGUGGCGCACGCGCCGCCAGGCGGGGCCGGCUGGCAGUGGAGGCCGCCCGGCUGCGCGAUGCAUCUUGGGCGUGACUGAGGAAGUAAAAUGGCGGACCUAGCGAACGAAGAAAAACCUGCCAUUGCUCCACCUGUCUUUGUAUUUCAGAAGGAUAAAGCACAGAAGAGAUCAGCAGAUGGAUCAAGUCCAGCAGAUGGAGAUGAAUCUGAUCGAGAGGAUGGGAACUACUGUCCGCCUGUAAAGCGUGAGAGAACUUCUUCAUUAACUCAGUUCCCUCCUUCUCAGUCAGUAACAAAAAACAAUGUCUUUAUGCCAUCAAGCUUCUGUGAACCUUCUACAGGCAAUUCUGACUCAGAACAAGAGGAAAAGAGCAGUGGAUUCCGGCUGAAGCCACCAAUACUUAUUCAUGGUCAGGCACCUAGCGCAGGACUCCCAAGCCAGAAACCGAAGGAACAGCAGCGAAGUGUGCUACGUCCUGCAGUAUUACAGGCACCACAGCCAAAAGCUUUCUCACAGAUGGUUCUGAGCAGUGGGACCAAUGGCGUAAAUAUUCCACCAGAUUCUGCAGCCACAUCAGAAUCACUAAGUAAUGCAACACUGAAAAGUUCUGACUCUGAAGACAAGGCAGGAGAAUGUCAGAAAAAAGAGUCCAACAACACUUCAGACGACGACAGCUGCGAGAAGGCGGAGUUAAAUGCACAGCAAGCAUUUGUAUUUGGGCAAAACUUAAGAGAUAGAGUUAAGUUAGGAGAUGAAAGCGAUGAAACUGCUGAUGUGCAGAAUUCUGGCCUUCCGACAUCAGACACACCUUCUGCAACAAAUUAUUUCCUACAGUACAUCAGUUCCAGUAUAGAGAACUCUACAAACAGUGCAGAUGCAUCUAGCAACAAGUUUGUUUUUGGACAGAACAUGAGUGAGCGUGUCUUAAGUCCACCAAAAUCAAAUGAAGGUAGCACAGAAAGUAAUAAGGAGAAUGCUGCUACAGAGUCUGGGUCUGAAUCAUCUUCUCAGGAAGCCACACCAGAGAAAGCUAAUAAUAUUUCAGAGUCACUGGCAGAGUCUGCAGCAGCCUAUACUAAAGCAACAGCAAGGAAGUGUUUAUUAGCGAAGGUGGAAGUGAUUACUGGCGAGGAAGCCGAAAGUAAUGUUUUACAGAUUCAGUGCAAGCUGUUUGUAUUUGAUAAAAACUCUCAAUCUUGGGUAGAAAGAGGUCGAGGACUUCUUAGACUCAAUGAUAUGGCUUCAGCGGACGAUGGAACAUUGCAGUCUCGGCUGGUGAUGAGGACUCAGGGGAGUCUCAGGUUAAUCUUAAACACCAAGCUCUGGGCUCAGAUGCAGAUCGAUAAAGCCAGUGAGAAGAGUAUCCGGAUCACCGCCAUGGAUACAGAGGACCAGGGAGUUAAAGUUUUUCUUAUAUCAGCAAGCUCUAAAGAUACAGGGCAGUUGUAUGCUGCAUUACACCACCGGAUCUUGGCUUUGCGGAGCAGAGUGGAACAAGAACAAGAAGUCAAGAAUGUAGCACCUGAGCCAGAAGUAACACAAUCAAAUGAGGAAGACAGUGAUGAUGAUGUCCUUGCACCUUCAGGAUCAGUCGGAAGUGGUCCUAAUGACGAAGGUGAUGGGCAGAAUGUUGGCAGCACAUAGCAGAUGUGAGCCGAUCUGCUUGCAAGGCUGCUAUGAACACCAUCUUGCAGGCAUCUCUCUGGAUACCCCAGGCCAGCUAUUGUUUCAGGCAGUGUUGAAGGCUCCAGGACUUAAGAACUGUGCAUCCCUGUUCUGUUUGUUUGGUUUUUUGGUCUGGAUCAGUAGAUUCCAUACAAAAAAAAAAAAAAGCAGACUUGGAAACUACCUGAAUGUGGUUUGGGACGUGAAAGCUCAUCAUAUUGAUGAGCCAAAAAAAAAAAACAACCAAACAUUUCCCCUCUUCCUUGUAAUUGAAAUGGCACAUUACAGCUUGUCACAGCUUUUCAUUGGGACCUUUUGACUGUUUCUUCAGUAGUUCAUGUCUUGCAGGCCUCCGAGAUAGAACUUUCCGACACGGUUCCAACAUGAAUUCUGCUUUGGUAACCCCCUACUCCCCCUUAUGAGUUUCUGCCACCUGCAGGGAAACCGGGUCCUCACCAGUUCCUACACUCACUGACUGCCCUUUUGGGUUCAUUCUCUUUUUGGACUGCAGAUGGGGCAGCUUGCAUUUUUACCUUUUAAUCCCAACGUAGGUUGUGGACACCGUUGUUCCCUGUCUAGUGGGUUUGUAAACAGAAAGAAACAAAACAUUGUGAUUCACCAGAGAAGCUUUUUUAAUGCGUUAAUAAGAGACUUUAAAGUCCAGAGGACGUUUUGCUAACUCCUUUUCUUUCUUCCCAUUUCAUUAUUAUUAUUUGGGGAUUUAUAUUGUGGUGAUACUUUUUUAUUUUAGUUUUUCAAUAAGAUGCUCUUGUGUGUUGAAAAAGUGAAACUAUUGUUUUGUACUGUUCUUUUCUGUUACUAUUUAAGGGAGAGCUAAGCCACUAUAUAUAAUAGAUGUUGCAUACAAUUUUUCUUAGAAAAUUAUAUGUUUCUGUGGCUACAGUAAAGUGUAGGGAGGCAUACAGGUUACACCUUCAGAAAAGUUGAUGAGGAAGCAGCUGUUAGCCCUUGGAAGAAUAAAAUAGGCUCAUGUAAUGAGCUUGGUCAGCCAUUAAAAUAAAUCUGUAUAAUAAAGCAGCUCUCAUUUAAUGGCUUGAUUCAACAAGCCAUUUAAGCACUUGCCUGACUUAACUACAUGUGAAUAAUCUUACUGAAGUCAAUGCAACUAUUCAUGCUUAAAGUUGAGUACAUUUUUAAAUAUCUUGCUGAAUUAACGGCCUUAAAUAGAAAAUUAACUUUUAACCCUUCCUGUCCUUAUUCUGUUUCCUGAAGUCUUGCAGCAUGAAGAAAAAGGUAAUAUUGCCAGCUUUGAAUAGUUUGGGCUGAAGGAUAUUGUAUUCUGUUCCACCAAAAUAAAAGCAAGAAUGUGUUUUCCUGUGUGUAAUUCUGAAGUACUCCUACUGUAACCGUAACUCACUUUUUUUACUUUGGACGUUUUCUGAUCCUUUGGGCCUUCUGUGUGAAAGUUGAGUUGUAUUUUGUUAUUAAAACAUCUGGUGUUAUGGAGCACAGUUGGAAUUUAGUAGUCACCUAAGACCAGUGACUGCAUCAUUUUUCUGUAAAUUCCCCAAAGUGUUCUGUGUUCUUUAUAAGUAGUUUACUGCUAGAGAAUUUCUCAUUUGCUUGUCCUUUUUCCUUUAGGCUAAGGAGGACUAAAUGCACCGUUUAAAUGCUUCUUCCCCUCCCGAUUUAUUUUAAUGUGGCCUGAAUUGAAAAUGAAAACCUAGGUGGCAGCACAAAAGCAACUUUCAACUUACUCAAAGAUGAAAGCAGCCCGUAUUGCCUUUAUUUUAUCAAAACACACUUUUCUUCACUGGGGGUUGAGAACAUUUAAUUUAGCUGUUACCCAAUUUUAGCCACUGUUGGAGACUUCACUUGACGGGGCGGGGGUGCAGAAGGGUUGCUUUUCCUGUGACAGCCUUCUGAAGGAGCAUCUUGGGACUAAGAAGGGGCUGAUGAUUAGCUGUGCCAUUGCAUUCAUGAUUUCUCUGGACUGUCUGCUCAUUCCUUUUGCAUUUUGUUUUUUCUCCCUACCGUUGUGGGUUUUUGUUCUGUUUUGGUUUGUGUUUUUUUUUUUUUUUUAACCACGCAAAAACCUACGAUGCACCCUUUCCCUUGCAACUUGCUAACAGAAAACGAGCGUGUUUCUUGCUACCCACCCACACAAUUGUUUCUUCAUCACAUGUCCUGGGGAACUUCUGUAUUUUCAACUGAGUGAUCUGCAUUUUGGACCUUUGAUCUUUUUACACUGAUACUCAGAUUUUAAACGACUCUUUUUAAACAACCUUGCAGCGUGAAGUUUAUUGUUGUCAGCAUAAGAAAAUUAACAAGGUGUCUUUGUCAGCAGAGCCUAAUUGUGGAGAAACUGGUGUUAUUUCCUGGUCCCAAAAUCCGUUCAUUUUGGGGUCUAUGCAGUGUCUCACUUUGAGGUGCUUUACCUAAACAUGAAAUUGAUGGUGCAUGAAGAUUAAUAAAAGUGGAAUAAGCAUGCCAGCUUUGAUGGGAUUUAGAGGUGGUACGCAGGCACCUACAGCAUUCCAAAAAAAUAAAUCUGGCAGCUACUUACUGAUACAAAUUUUAUUUCAGCCGGAAGCCUUGCGUAUGUUUACAAUGAAGAGAAAAACAGUAGUGUGAACCAGUAACAGAAUCAGCUGUAGAUGUACUUCAAGCCCUGUCCAGCAAGGUAUAGUUAGACCAAGCAAAAAUUCUAUUUCAUUCUCUGCUUUAAGCCUUAGUAAAUUACUGACGGGUAAAACCAGAUGAUGCCCGUGUGUUUUGAAAGAUUCAUGUAAGACUGUCAUAGGAAAGUGUAUUUGGGGGUUGCAUUAAAUCUUCUAACAGAAAACAAGCAAACAAAACAACCCAAGCCCCGUUUUGUGUUCCCUGUGCUUGAGCCUCCUGCUCCUAGCAGGCUGACGAUGCCCGGUUGUGCCGUGUUACAACGAUCUUCCCUUGCACCACCCUCGCCCUGCAUCUUUGCUUCUAAGUCUGUUGCUGAUGUUUGGAUGUUGUUAGCAAUUACCGCAUCUCUUGUUCUGGCUGCUGACCGAUGUCACCACAGAUAUUAACAAUUUCCAGGAAAACUGGUUACUGAAGAU